AUUGAAAAUCUCAAACGCUGAAACAAAAGCCCUAAAAUCCGCAAACCCUCAAAAACCCUAACCCGCCCCCUUUCAAAAAUUCCUGUAGUUUUUUUCUCUCCACACACCGCCACCAUUAAUCCUCCAUGAAGAAGAGAAGUCGGGAGCCCAAACCCUUGAUUCCAGCUCUCGCCGCCGCCACCGGCCCCACCCUGAUCAAGCACUUGGCGUCGUGCAGUACCGCCGUCAGAUCUCAAUCUCUGCGGCUGCUUCAGUCGUGGCUCGCCGCCCAAUCGCAGCAGCUCUCCGACUCAGACAUUAAGAAGCUGUGGAAAGGCCUCUUUUACUGCCUAUGGCACGCGGACAAGACCCCCAAUCAGGUCGCUCUAAUCGAUCGGCUGAUUUCUCUGUUUCAUUCGCUGCAGCCGGCGGUCUCGCUGGAGUUUUUCCGUGGGUUUCUAGUUACGCUUCGGCGGGAGUGGCCCGGGAUUGACCGGUUGAGGUUGGAUAAGUUCUACUUGCUCAUUCGCCGUUUUGUAAAAGCGUUGUUUGAUUUGAUGAGGUUGAGGAAGUGGGAUGUGGGUGUUUUGGGGGAAUAUUUUGGGGUUCUGGAGAAUGAUGCUUUGUUGGCGGAUGAUAAACUGCAGGGGAAUGGAGUGAAUUAUCAUUUGGCGUCUGUGUUUUUGGAGGAGUUGGCGGGGGUCACGUUUCCGGUGCAGAACGAGGUAGUUGAUGUGAUUUUGAGGCCAUUUUUCGGAGUGUUGAGGAGGGGAACUGAUAAGAUUUUGUUAGGGAAGGUGAAAAGUAACGUGUUUGAUGAGCUGGUGAAGGCGGGUACGGAACUUUUGUCGAAGAAGAAGUUGGGAGAGGAUUGCGGUGAAAGCAAUGGGAAUGCUUUGUUGGGUGUGGUUGCUUUGAGGAUGGGGUUAUCGGGGAGAUUUUAUGAGGUUACUUCGUCUGUCGAUUGCAUUCAGGGGAACAGAAAGGUUGUAUUGGGGCUGCACGAUCAGUUUUUGAAGCUGGAGAAGGAAUUGGAAUCAUCUGGUAUUGAAAUUGGUAUACCUGAAUACAACGACGAUGAUGAUUCAGAGGUGCCCCAGUUGAUACCCAUUGAUUUCGAUGCUUGUAAGGAUAAUGUGGAUGGAGGGUUUCAGGAAGGAACUGAGGAUGUGGUUCGUGACGAACAGUUGGAUAAAGGAAUGGAGAAGAAGAGUAAGAAGGCUAAAAAGGGGAAAGAUGGAGAUGAUAAGAAAAAGAAGAAGAAGAAGAAGAGAAAGGAUGAAAAUAAACUUUCUGAAGUGGUUGAUGGAGCAGAAGAAAAUGGUGAUUUGAAUAUGGAAUUGAACGGUGGUUCAGGCAAUACUCUAGGCGAUUACAUGGAGAAUGAGUUGAGUGAAACUGUGAUAUUGAAUCUUCAGAAGCAGUUUGAGAAAGUUGCUGCUGAAAUAAAUUCUGAAAGUGACGAUGAUUCAGAUUCAUCUGCUGCUCCUGUAAUCGCCAAGAAACCUAGUAAGAGAGCGAAAAGAGCGAAGAGGGCGAAGGUGGGACACAACCAGGAGCUUGGUGACAUGAACACUAAUGGAACCGCAGAUAGUGGAGAUGAUGAUGAUGAUGCUGAUGGAAAGAGUGUGGAGAAGAGUGGUAAGAAGGUUAGGUUUUCCAUGAAGAACAACUUGGUUUGGAAGCCACAGACUCCUCUGCCUCCGGAGAGUUUAAGGUUGCCGCCCUCAGUUACUCCGAGGGGUAGUGCAUUGAAGAAGGGCGUGCCUCCGGGGCCCAUUGUGGAGAUGCCUGCCAAGAAAAAGGCCAAGCAGAAGAAGAAAGCUCAAAAUAGAUUGAAGGUGAGGCCCUCGACCAUGAUCAAGCGGCGGAAGAAGGUGCAAACAAGAUCGAGCUGAUGGCAUUGCAGCAGAUGAUUGUGACCAGCUUUGUGCAACCUGUGUAUGGUUUCAGUGUCUAACACUUGGGGUUUCAUCCAGAACUUGGAAGGGGAGAGCUUGUCCAAGCAAGCAUUGGGCCCACUGAAAUAGGAAAAGGGAUGAUGAUAAAAGAUUUACCUAGAAUUUCAAGAAAACAGUUAAACUGUUUGUGGGGUUGUUUAUGUUCUACCUCUUUCUUUAGAUCACCUUGUUGGUUGAUGAAUUGAUGUUGACUUGUAGCUGGUUGAGUUUAGGAAUGAAAUGAGAAAAGGGUUUAAAAUUUCUUCUUUACUCAACUCUUUUGCUAAUUAUAUGUACUUCUGUUGCUAAGUUGCCUUAUGAACCAUUUGAAACUGACUUUCUGAUCCAAGAUUUGAAAUGGAUCAAUAUAAUUGGAGCAGAUGCAAAUUUAUAGUUUGUUAA